AGGGGACCUGCUGGGGAGAGAACUCGGGAGGGACGGCAUCCAGGGGGGUGCGUGGACGCGGCCGGAGACCCAGCCUACAGCGCAGGCCCCUACCGAGCGCGCAUCAUGCAGGCCAUGGACCCAGCCGCUCCAGGCUUCUAUGAGGAGGAUGUCAAGGACCUGGACUUCUACGACUUUGAACCGCUCCCCACCCUGCCGGAAGAUGAGGAGAACGUAUCCUUGGCUGACAUCCUCUCCCUGCGGGACAGCGGCCUCAGCGAGCAGGAAGCCUGGGCUGUGUGCCUGGAGUGCAGCCUGUCCAUGCGGAGCAUCGCUCACUCUGCCAUCUUCCAGACGCUGUGCAUCACACCCGACACUCUGGCCUUCAACACCAGCGGAAAUGUGUGCUUCAUGGAGCAGCUCAGUGAUGACCCUGAGGGCGCCUUUGUCCCCCCAGAAUUCGACCUGACUGGGAAUACCUUCGAGGGGCACAUCUACUCUCUGGGGGCCACGCUGAAAGCUGCUCUCGAGUAUGUGGCAGAUCCUGAGCUGGAGCCCAAGCUCAGCCCAGACCUGGAGACACUGCUUGGCCAGAUGCAAGCCGAGGAGCCCAGGGACCGGCCAGAUCUAAAGAGCAUCAUAGCGCUCUGUGAGGAGAAGAUGCAGCCCAUGUCCUCACACCGCCUGUGCCGGAGUCUCUCAGCCAUCGGGAGGAGGGUGCUAUCCAUCGAGUCCUUUGGAGCAUUUCAGGACAUCAGCGAGAACACCUGGAAAGGGAGAUCUGCUCCAAGAAGUGUGGGCCCCAAGAGACCCCCUGGAGACCUCUGCGCUGACCCUGAGGCCCUGCCCACUCCUGAGGGCCAGCCCCAGCCUCCUGUCCCCAGGGACCCAGAGCGGGAAGCCAGCCGGGGCCCUAGGCCUCCACCUACCAAGUCACUGCUUUCAGCCCCCAUGAAAAAUGGCGAGAGCCCCAGCCGGGAGGGGCUGGCCAGCCUUGUUCUGGACACCACAUCCCUCCUUGGUGAGCCAGACAGAGAUAGCCUCAAGAGGAGCCGCCUGAGGAAGGUGCAGACGUUCCCCAGGCUGCUGUCUGAGGGCCCUGAGGCCAGUGCCCUCUGCCUGUCACUGAGCAACUCAAAAAAGCAGCUAACUAUAUCCGACUUCUUCCCCCCGGACCCCAGGAGGUUCCUUCUAGAGGGGAAAAAUGGCCUCUCAAGCUUCAGGACUCAGUCCAAAAGCAGGCUAUGGCCUGAGCAGGAGCCGGGAUUCCAGCCGGAAGAGGACCCAGGAUCCAGCUGCAACACAGACGGAGGGCCAGGGGCCUCUGGACAGCCGGACACUGCAUCCCCUGACCAGGGGCCUGCAGACAACAGAGGCUCGCCCCACCCUGGAGACCUUCCAGAUCCAGGCCACGAAACCCGGACUCCUGGAGACUCGGAGGGGAUUCUGGAAGGAGGCGGGAAGCCAGGAAGCCCAGCAGCAGAGCAGUGCCUGUCGCUGCAGGAGCUCCUGUCCCAGCUGGGCCGGCCCUUCCGGGAGUACGAGCUCUGGGCUCUGUGCCUCGCCUGUCUCAGCGCGCUGCAGAAGCAUACGGAGCACCCAGCCUGCCUGUGCCUGGACAACGUGCUGGUGGCCGAGGACGGAGCUGUGCUUUUCGGGCCGCCCCCUGCCAGUGGCUCCUACAACUCGUUCUAUCUGGCUCCUGAGGUGGAAGAAGAAAAGCUGGUGACAGAAAAGGCCUCAGUGUACUGUGUGGCCGCUGUCCUGUGGACUGCAGCCAAGUUCAGCGUCCCCCGUGACCAAAAGCUAGCCCUACCACGCAGGCUCAAGACUCUUCUCCUGGACAUGGCCAGACGCCGUGCUCUGGAGCGGCCAUCGGUGGCUGAGGCCAUCAAGGUCUGUGGGAGCUACCUUCUCCAGCGGGGCAUGGAUAGCAGAAAGAUCCUAGCCCACCUGUGGGUGUCCACCUGCAAGGUUCACCAAGAGGAAGAGACCAUCGGUCUCCAAAAUGCCUUCUCAGUGGUUGAACUGAAACCCCGCACAGCACCAGCUCCCAAGCCCAGUGCAGACUUCCAGCCAAUCAGCAAUGACACCAGACUCCCAGCGAUGCCACCGACGCCUGCUCCCAGCCCACCUUCCUGCUGCCAAGGAACCAGGGAGCUGCCCACAGCCCUCACCUCUGAAGCCACUCACUUUAAGCCCAUCAGCUUCGCUCAAGACGCAGGUGUGCCCGGGGACCAGGUUUCUUUGUCUUCAGGGUCAGCUGAGAAGCUCAAGGAGAAGAGCGAACUGGGUGGGAAGGAGGCGGGGAAGCAGGCAGCCCAGGACCUCUCUGGGUCUACAAGCCUGCAGACACUUGACCAGCUGGCGCCCAGUCCAGAGCUGCAGGGGGCAGCCUUGGAAGCUGUCAGGGAGUCAGUGCCACACAGCUUGGCCCAGGAGUGCUCCUGCCAGCCAGGCUCCAAACCACCCAGCCCACUAGAUGGGACCACACCAGCAACACCCAGCUCUUCUACCCCCACCCCACCCCAGAAGGUACUAGCGCUGCCUCCAGAGCAAGGGCCAGAUGGGCAGGUUCCGCCUGGAGCCACUGUGCUUCCAAGGCCAACCUCAGCCAACCAAGGCCCACGUCACCCGUGCAAGCCAUCCAAGAACAAGGCUGCCGAAACUGAAGGCCCCCGGCCAGUGGCACGGGGUCCAGCACUGGCUGCAGUGAGUCCAGACAGCCCUAGUAGCCCAGGCAAUCACCCUGAGAGGACCCGGCCAACAGACCGCAAGCUGUGUCCAUCCAGCGUGGACACCUCGUCUCCCCCAAAGAAGACAGCCUGUCCCUCCCUGCAGGAGGCCAUGCGCCUCAUCCAGGAGGAAUUUGCCUUCGAUGGCUACCUGGACAACGGACUGGAGGCUCUGAUUAUGGGAGAGUAUAUUUACGCCUUGAAAGACCUCACCUUUGCCACUUUCUGUGGGGCCAUAUCCGAGAAGUUCUGUGACCUGUACUGGAAUGAACAGUUGCUACAGAAUCUCUUCAAAGUGGUCAAUGGACCAUCCUCUCCCACUGAGAGCACUUCUGAGGACACAGGGUCUCAGCUCCAGAGCUCACCAAGCAGCUGUGCAACCUCCAGAAAAAGACCCUCACUGCACGGACUGGGCAAAGAAAAACCAGCUGCAGCCCGGGGCAGUGGAGGCCCCUGCUCGCCCACCUCUCUGUCAGACAUGGACUCGGACACACUCUCACAGGGAAACCUGGAGGUGGGCUUUCGGCCACAGAAGUCAAUCAAAGCCACAAGAGAGCAGCAGCCUGAGGUGCUGGAUGAACGAGGCCCGCACCUGGAGCCAGCCACAGACGCCGUGACCCAGCUGGCUAGGUCCCAUGAGGGCACCCAGGCGGUGUCUCUGGGCUCAGCUGAGAUCCAGAGCUGCAGUCCCGGCUGGUCCAGUGCCUUCUACGAGGCUGACUGCUUCGGGGCUGAGGUCUACAACUAUGUGAGGGAUCUCGGAAGACAAAAGGCUGGUGGGCACCCCGAGCCUGAAGCCCACAGCCCAGAGCUGGAGCAGCAGCUCAUGAUAGAGAAAAGAAACUACCGAAAGACCCUGAAGUUCUACCAGAAGCUUUUACAGAAAGAAAAGCGCAACAAAGGCUCAGAGGUGAAGACCAUGUUGUCCAAGCUGAAAGGGCAGCUGGAGGAGAUGAAGUCCAAAGUGCAGUUCCUCAGCUUGGUCAAGAAGUAUCUGCAGGUCAUGUACGCGGAGCGCUGGGGCCUGGAGCCCUGUGCCCUGCCAGUGAUCGUGAACAUCGCGGCAGCCCCCUGUGACACCCUGGACUUCAGCCCCCUGGACGAGUCCUCCUCCCUCAUCUUCUACAAUGUCAACAAGCACCCGUGUGGGGGCCGCCAGAAGAAGGCUCGAGUCCUACAGGCUGGCACGCCACUGGGCCUCAUGGCCUACCUCUAUUCCAGUGACGCCUUCCUGGAGGGCUACGUCCAGCAGUUCCUGUACACCUUCCGCUACUUCUGCACACCGCAUGACUUCCUGCACUUCCUCCUGGACCGUAUUAGCAGCACUCUGUCCAGGGCCCACCAGGACCCCACCUCGACUUUCACCAAGAUCUAUAGGCGGAGCCUUUGCGUCCUGCAGGCCUGGGUGGAAGACUGCUACACUGUGGACUUCAUGAGGAAUGCAGGGCUGCUGGAGCGCCUCGAGGACUUCAUCUCCUCCAAGAUUCUGCCCCUAGAUGGCUCUGCUGAGCACCUGCUGGGCCUCCUGGAGGUGGGCACUGACCGGCGGGCUGAUGGUGCCGCUCGAGGCACAGACCUGGAGGACCCCAAAGAGGCUGAGGAGGAUGCCAGACCCUUCAACGCCCUCUGCAAGAGGUUUUCAGAAGAUGGCAUCUCCCGAAAGAGCUUCCCCUGGAGGCUGCCGCGGGGCAAUGGGCUGACAUUGCCACACAAGGAGCGCCAGUACACUAUCGCAUCUGCCCUGCCCAAGCCCUGCUUCUUCGAAGACUUCUACGGCCCCUACGCCAAAGCCAGCGAGAAGGGGCCCUAUUUCCUGACUGAGUACAGCACGCACCAACUCUUCACGCAGCUGACACUGCUGCAGCAGGAAUUAUUUCAAAAGUGCCACCCUGUACACUUCCUAAACUCACGCGCCCUGGGUGUCAUGGACAAAAGCACAGCCAUUCCAAAAGCCAGCUCUUGUGAGUCUCUGUCUACCAAAACCUGUAGCCUAUUUCUGCCCAAUUAUGUUCAGGACAAGUACCUAUUACAGCUUUUAAGAAAUGCAGAUGAUGUCAGUACCUGGGUGGCAGCUGAAAUAGUGACCAGCCAUACCUCCAAGCUGCAGGUGAACUUGCUCUCUAAGUUUCUGCUGAUUGCAAAAUCUUGCUAUGAGCAGAGGAACUUUGCGACAGCCAUGCAGAUCCUGGGCGGACUGGAGCACCCGGCCGUGAGGCAGUCCCCUGCCUGGAGAAUCCUACCUGCAAAAAUCGCUGAGGUCAUGGAGGAGCUCAAAGCUGUGGAGGUGUUCUUGAAGAGUGACAGCCUGUGUCUGAUGGAAGGACGCCGCUUCAGGGCCCAGCCUACUCUGCCCUCCGCCCGCCUCCUGGCCAUGCACAUCCAGCAGCUAGAGACUGGGGGCUUCACCAUGACCAACGGAGCCCACAGAUGGAGCAAGCUCAGAAACAUAGCCAAGGUGGUGAGCCAGGUCCACGCGUUCCAGGAGAACCCCUACACGUUCAGCCCUGACCCCAAGCUGCAGUCACACCUCAAGCAAAGGAUCGCCCGUUUCAGCGGGGCCGACAUUUCAAUCCUAGCAGCAGACAACAGGGCCAAUUUCCACCAGAUCCCCAGUGAGAAGCAUUCUCGGAAGAUCCAGGACAAACUACGGAGGAUGAAGGCCACAUUCCAGUAGCCGAAGACGCAACUGAGCGUGGGAGUCCAGUGGGCACCAGAACUGCAGGAGGCAGCUGGGGAGCAAGGAGCCACUUCAGGCCACCUGCUUGAGGCUGCCCUGCACCCAGAGCCCGAGGAACGUAGGCCCCCCCACCCCCACACACUCCCCAGGUCAAGAGGUGAAGGCUCAGAGGAGCUCACCCAUGGCCACUCCACAUGGGGGCCAAAGUCAGCUCCAACACUGACCCAGCACCCAGAACUGGCUCUCCCCAGGACCUGGGACAGGGUGGGCACAAGAGUUCGGUGAUCUUGUUUCUGCAAGAAGUUAAAAUUUAA